AAAGCAAAAGUGGUUUUAUUGACUAAACAAGUUCACCUCAUUCUCAGACUGCUAAUCCAGGUAAAUACAAAAUAUUUAUUGAGAAUAAAAAAAUUAAAUUGAUCCAAAGACAAUUCCCCAAUAAAACUUCACGGUAAUUUAGCAAUUUGUAAGUAUGUUGAUAUCAGGAUUAGGUAGAAGCCAUGUCAAGUAGGAUAGUCAGCCUACCAAAUGGAUCAAGCAAAGAAAGACGUGCUUAAAAACUUUGUAACAGCAAUAUGCAUCCUAAUGCCAACUGGCACCUACCAGGAAGCAUCUGAAAACAAAUAGUCCAACAAGGUGCACUUGUUAUCAUUGUGCUUGUUUAUAAAGAUUGUGAAAACUGAACAUUCAGAAUGUAUGUGUUUUCUUUCUGAUGACAGGUAAACAGGAAUAAACAUUAAUGGGAGAAGGAAACCAAACUUCUGUGGCUGAAUUUAUCUUGCUGGGACUUUCACAGGAUCCAAAGGUCCAGAUCCUGCUGUUCUGUGUUUUCCUUACCAUUUACCUUCUCUCUGUGUUUGGAAACCUGCUUAUAAUAAUCCUCAUUCAAAGUGACUCUCGACUUCACACUCCCAUGUACUUUUUCCUCAAAAACCUGUCCUUUGCUGACCUCUGUUUCUCUACAAGCAUUGUUCCUCAGAUGUUGGUCCACUUCCUCGUAAAAAGGAAAACCAUUUCCUUUGCUGGAUGCUCACUGCAGAUAAUUGUCUUCCUUUUAGCAGGGUGUACAGAGUGUGCACUUCUGGCAGUGAUGUCCUAUGACCGCUAUGUGGCUGUCUGCAAGCCCCUGCAUUAUUCCACUGUCAUGACGCAGAGGGUUUGUGUCCAGUUGGCCAUAGUGUCUUGGAUCAGUGGGGCAUUUGUAUGUUCAGUGGACAGUGCAUUUACACUGUGUCUCCCCUACCAGGGACAGAAUAUAAUUAAUCAUUAUUUUUGUGAACCUCCUGCACUCCUGAAGCUGGCUUCAGCAGACACCUACAAUGCUGAGAUGGCUCUCUUUUCAAUGGGUGUGAUUAUCCUCUUAGCACCUCUCUCCCUCAUCCUUGUCUCCUACUGGCAUAUUAUCUCAACAGUGAUUCAGAUGCAGUCAGAGGAGGGGAGGCUCAAGGUCUUUUCUACCUGUGGCUCUCAUCUCACUGUUGUGGUUCUCUACUAUGGCUCUGGAAUAUUUGCCUACAUGAGACCCAAUUCCAAGACAAUGAAUGAAAAGGAUCAGGUCAUCUCUGUGUUCUAUUCAGUUAUGACUUCCAUGUUGAACCCCAUAAUUUAUAGCCUGAGGAACAAGGACGUGAAGGGUGCUCUCAGGAGGCUGGUUGGAAGAUAGUCUGCCUUCAGAGGCAGUGAUUUCUGACAUUUUUCUUAAGCACUUGGAAGAUUAUGACUGACAACAAUAGCUCUACUACUAUCCUUGUCCUUUCUUUCCCUCGCUUUAUAUGCUCCAGUUGAUUUUUCUUCUCCACACAUAUUCAUUAAAUGCCUAUUCACUGCAAGCAUUGUGUCUAGAACCUCACAAUAUGU